UUGAGACGAGACUUGGACAAGAUGUUCGCCCUCAUCGCCUCCGUGUUCCUCCUGGUGCUGGCGACCGCCCAGGGCUGUGGGGUGCCCAGCUACCCCCCCAUCGAGAGCCGCGUGGUCAAUGGAGUGGAGGCGAAGCCCAACAGCUGGCCCUGGCAGAUCUCCCUGCAGUACCUGUCUGGCGGGUCCUGGUACCACACGUGCGGUGGGACCCUGAUCGACCCCCAGUGGGUGCUCACGGCGGCCCACUGCAUCUCCUCACGUACGUACCGCGUGGCCGUGGGAGAGCACCUCCUGUCGGAGGAGGAGGGCGGAGAUGAGUACCACAGCGUGGACCAGAUCACGGUUCACCCCGGCUGGAACAACAACAACGUGGCCGGCGGUCUCGCCAGGAAUGACAUCGCUCUGAUCCGCCUGGCACAGCCCGUGGUCCUGAGCAACAAGGUGCAGCUGUCCUGCCUGCCCCCCGCGGGCCUGGUGCUGCCCCACGACUCUCCCUGCUACAUCACGGGCUGGGGCCGUCUCUCCACUGGAGGCGCCCUGCCUGAUGCCCUGCAGCAGGCCAACCUUCCCGUGGUGGACCACGCCACCUGCAGCCAGCCCAGCUGGUGGUCGACCAACGCGAAGACCAACAUGGUCUGCGCCGGAGGAGACGGAUACGACUCUGGGUGCAACGGCGACUCUGGCGGCCCCCUGAACUGCAUAAACUCUGCGGGCAAGUGGGAGGUGCACGGCAUCACCAGCUACGUGUCUUCUAUGGGCUGCAACUACAUCCGCAAGCCCACCGUGUUCACCCGCGUGUCGGCGUUCAACGACUGGAUCGACAGCGUGAGUUCAACGGGAGGGUACUGGGAGAACCUGGGCACCACCCGCCCACCCGCUCCCCCAUCCCCACCCGGCAGUCGCCUUUAA